CUGGGACUAGCAGAUCCGGGUGCCUGAGGGGCACUCUCCGGUCUGGCUUGAAUCUAGCCUUGUCCAGUGGCCAUUGCACGAGCCUCGGUCCUCCCCAGCUUCAGUGUCUGGUCUGCGGGGUGGGACCUAUCAGCCCUGCAGUCGAGUCUGGAAGGGUUAGAUGAAAGGUUUGAAUGGGACACAAGAGAAGUCUCUAGAAAUGGCAGUUACUGUGGUCGUUGUAACUCCACACUGGAGGGGAGCUGGCCUGAACUUUGGACCUUGUCUUCCAGUAGGAACUCAGUAUCUCAGCCCCAGCAGGAGCCUAUCAUGGCCUCCAAGCCCGAGAAGAGGGUGGCCUCCUCGGUCUUCAUCACCUUGGCACCCCCACGCCGAGAUGUAGCUGUGAGUGAGGGCGUGGGCCAGGCAGCUUCUGAAGCCAGACGCGCUCGGCCCUGGGAGACCCUUCCCACAAAGACACCUGGGGCUGCAGUGGGCAGGAGCCCCAAGACCUGGACGCCCUCCAGCAAGACCAGUGCCUCACUCUCUGGAGUCACACCUCAGCUCUCCAAUGGAGGAUGCUCGCUCCCACCUCCUUCCCUGAAUGAGGAGGACCUAGACCUUCCGCCUCCUCCACCGCCCCCUUCUGCCUACCUGCCUCUCCCAGAAGAGGAGCCUCCUGUCUUACCAGGGUCGUCACUCAUUUCUGACUUGGAGCAACUGCACCUGCCCCCACCCCCACCUCCACCCUUGCUACAGGCUCCAUCAAAGGGAACAUCUGUCCACCCUCCGCCUGGUCACGUCAGACCCUCAGAAGAGGAGCUUCCUCCUCCUCCAGAAGAGCCUGUCACUCUUCCAGAGAGAGAAGCGUCCACGGAUGUCUGUGGUUUUUGUCACAAGCCCGUGUCUCCUCGAGAACUGGCUGUUGAGGCCAUGAAGAGGCAGUACCACGCCCAGUGCUUCACCUGUCGCACAUGCCGCCGCCAGUUGGCCGGGCAGAGAUUCUACCAGAAGGAUGGGCGCCCCCUGUGCGAACCCUGCUACCAGGAUACUCUGGAGAAGUGUGACAAGUGUGGAGAGGUGGUCCAAGAGCACAUCAUCCGGGCCCUGGGCAAGGCCUUCCACCCACCCUGCUUCACCUGCGUGACCUGUGCCCGCUGCAUCAGCGAUGAGAGCUUUGCGCUGGACAACCAGAACCAGGUGUACUGUGUGGCUGACUUCUACAGGAAAUUUGCCCCUGUGUGCAGCAUCUGUCAGAAUCCCAUCAUCCCCCAAGACGGGAAGGACGCCUUCAAAAUCGAGUGCAUGGGAAGGAAUUUCCAUGAGAACUGCUACCGCUGUGAGGACUGCAGCGUCCUCCUGUCUGUGGAACCCACCGACCAAGGCUGCUACCCGCUGAAUGACCACCUCUUCUGCAAGCCCUGUCACAUAAAGCGGAGUGCUGCUGGAUGCUGCUGAAGAGUCCCGAUGGCUGGCCCUUCCCUGACUUGGUUUCCCCUCCUGACCUUCCUUGCAGACUUUCCUUUGGAACCUCACCGGGCACCAGCGCACUGCUCAGCCCAUAGUGUCUAAAUGCACGGGCCUGAGACACGGGGCCUUGGCCUCCCAGUACACAGCACACGCACCCCUCCCCAGACUUUCCACUCCUCUCCGUCCACUGACCAGGAGGCCCCUCACCACCAGACUGCGACCCUGGUCCAUCUCUAGUGCUGCCCUGAUAUGUUUGUGGGGACAGGUCUCGGGGUGAUACCUGAAUCUGGCCAUGAUGCUUAGCUGCCUAGCAGAAGGCGCCGAGACCUCGGCUUCGAUUGUAAAGCCGAGUUGUUUGAAGCGCGCCUUCUCAGCUUCUCCAAAAAGUAUUUUUUUGAGACUUUAUAAAUCUCUAGACAUGGUAGCACACACCUUUGAUCCCAGCACUUGGGAGGCAGAGGCAGGUGGAUUUCUAUGUUCGGUCUAGUCUGAUCUACAGAGUGGGUGAGUUCUAUUUAAAAGAUUCAAAACAAUAUUCUUUGGAUUUGGGGGAGGGAAAUCUUUAAAUUUUUCUUUUUUCUUUUUUUGGUGGGGUAAGAUCAGUAAACAUCUUCCCUUGGUUCAGGGACUGCCAAGAUGGCUCAGUGAUGAAGCGAUGAGGAGUGCUUGCUCCUCUUGCAGAGGACCAGAGUUCAUUUCCCAGCAUCCCCUGCAGAGGCUCAUAACUACCUGUCCUACAACUCCAGGUCCAGGAGAGCUGGCUCCCUCUGCUGAUCCUCCUGAAUGCACAUGGUGUACAGGCUUACACUCAGCCACACACACAUACAUU